AAAUAAUGCUCUUGCUUGGUGAUUUUUUAUUUAAAAAUAAAAUACGCUGAAUUUAAAAUUAUAAAGAGUGUGAGUGAGUGUUAGAGUAAAAAAAUUAUAAAAAAAGUUUUCGUUUCAGAUUUUUUUUAGCGCGCUAGUGUGUGAAACGUAAAACGAAGUUUUUAAAAUUGAAAAAAUUUUAUACAAAAAAAUGCUGACGUUUUAAAUUUUAAAUUAACAAAUAUGUUUGCUAAAACGUAUAAAAAGAAAGAAUUAAAAAAUAUAAAAAUAGUUAUAAAUAAUGAAAAGAUAAUUGUUAUAAAUUAAUUUGUAAAAAGAAAAAUUUUAAAAAUAAAUAAAAUUUUAAAUUAAUAGAAAAAUUAAACAGUGUCUUUAAAUAAUGUAUACUUUUACAAAUAAUCAAAAACUUACAACAAUUUAAUAAAACAUCAACACAGACUAAACUAAAUGUUAUAUUUUCCAAAACAAAAACACAUAAUAAUAAAUAAUUUUGAAAAAAGAAAACAACAACAAGCCACCUAUGGAUACAUUAAAUAAAAAAUACAACUAAAUCAACAACAAAAAAAAACAUAAACAAGAAUAAUAAAUAACAAAAAAGUAGGAAAAUAAUAAUAAUGGAUGCAGUUAGUGCUGUGGUGACACAACCAGCAGCAUCAAGUGCCACAGUUUCAGCAAUCACAACUACAACAACAACAAUACCAUCAACGUCUAAUGCUAUCAAUGUUAAUCAGAGCAAUAACCAUUUACACUCACACACCAAUACACACAGUGCGACAACAGCAACAACAAAUAGUAACAACCAAAACAAUAGCAACAUUAGUAUCAACGGCGGUGGCGUUAACAACAAUAGCAGCAACAGCAAUAGUAGCUGUAGUAGUAGCAGUACAAGUAGCAAUAGUAGUGGUUAUGGUAGCACAACAACAACACCCACCAAUAAUUAUGAAUUACAGCAGCAGACAACAACACCCACGACAACACCAAUACCAACAACACCUGUAGCCAUAGCGGAGCCCAUAAUACCCGUAGCUACUGUAGCUGCUGUAACACCUUUCUAUAAUGAGUCCAUAACAAGCCACAAUUUGGAGACACAUCAAUUGCAACAACACCAUUCCUUGCAUACGCAACAACAACAUCCACAACAUUUGCAGCAGCAGCAACAACAUCAUUUGCUACAACCCCAACACCAUCAAUUGCCACAGCAUCAUUUGCAAACGAAUCUACAGCAACAGCAAUACUUAUCCAGACAACAAUAUUAUUCAACAUAUGAUUAUCAGCAAGCAGUACCACCAACACAUAAUUUAUCUACCGGCUCCUCCUCCUCGGCACCGGCCUACAACUUGUAUGAUAUAUCUGCUUCUCCAUAUGGUUCAGGGCAAUAUAAAUCGUCUAGUUUAACAGCAACUCUAAAUUACGAAAGAGGCUCAACAGUCAGAACGAAUGUGGCAAGUUACAAUCCCCAGCAGCAACAACAAACUGAUCAGCAUCAAACCAAGACCAUAAACCAACAGAUCCAACCCUUUCCGGCAGUAUUGGCUACAUCAAAACAAAGAACCUCCUCCUUAAUAGGCAGUUCUACAAGUACCACCAACACUUCUAAACCGCAAGCUGCUGCCACGCCCUUUUAUGCCCAGCCUUUGGCUCCUCAGUCCCAUACUAAUCCCACCCCAUUUUAUGACAAUACCAAAUAUAAAAUGCCUUUAGAAUAUCAUGACUCCUAUAGUAAUCCCUCAGCUGCUGCCACGGCCUCUGCCUAUCAUCAACAGCAAAAGUAUUAUGCGGCCGCCAAAUCACAACUUAAAGAAGCCGGCUAUGGAACGCCGCCAGGUUUAGCAAACAGCAAAUCUGUUUACGCCAAUACGGGUAACUAUUUUCCGACAGCAGCACCCUCCUAUGACAAAUAUAUGUAUCCACAUGCCGCUGCCACAGGUUAUACGUCUAGCACCGGACAUUUGGGCAAUGAAACACCACCCGAUGUCGGCAACUAUCGCAAACCGGUGGGAGCUAAUUCUAUAAAUUCUCCCUCUUGGCCUUGGGGCAUAGAUUAUGCCUCAGGCAAUAGUCGUACUAUACCACCGCCGCCGCCUGCCAGUCAUUUGCCAACCGCUACUGUGGCGCCCACCCAUGCCACCUAUUUGACACCGAAUCCCUCAGCCUUGGCACGUGAUCCCUACUAUAUGGGUCCUGAAAAAUAUCCUAUGAAAUAUGACAAAUAUGCUGCUGCCUCCUAUCAACAGUCAUAUGUUAGCCCGCCCGGCUCUAGACAUCAUAUAUGGCCGAAUACACCGCAUGGCUCUAAUCUAACACAAUUAAAUGAAAGACAUAUGUUAGCCUCUGGACCCACAGCCCCUCCCCCCACACAUGGUCUACACAGCACACCCUACUAUCCUGCUAAUCCUAACAAUGGCUUAAAUAGUCGACAAUCCUGUUGUUCUCAACCCUAUCAGCCGCAAAGUUGUUACUAUCCUCCCUCUCAUGCUAUACCACCACGAUUACCACACAAUCAAACGCCCACAGCGGCCGCGCCUUCAAGUGCUUACUUGUCCUCGCAAACAACUCUAGGACAAUCUCCGCAUUUGAAUGCUUUAAGCGCCAGCUGUAAAUAUGGCGGCAUAAUACCCGACUAUGGCAAUGGUAAUAAAAUGAAAAACUCUAAUGAUCUCUAUUUAAACGCUCAUCACUAUGAUACAAAUACUUCACCGCACAAUUAUGGCUAUGGAACGGCAACAGCUCACAGCAGUCAGCAGUUAUAUGCCAGCAAUGCUCAUCAAACUAUGGCUCAUCAUGGUCUAACACCCUCAUCACUACUAACACAUGAUCCUCUUAACGCUAAUCCAGCGUCUUAUACCAAUGAUCUCAGUUUAACGACAAGCAAUUUUGAUAAUUAUCACACACACCUGGACACACAUCUAAGUCCGCCGACAUUGGCUGGCAUACACAGCCAACAGCCACCACCCGCUUACGGGCCCACGGUAGCAAAACGUGCCUUAUUGGAUUAUCGUAAACCCAUACAACCUCAACCUCCACCUACAAUUGCCGAAGAGUGCUAUACGACUCUGUCAUCAAGGGACCAUUACAAUCAACAGGAGCUGUUGAAUACCCCCGAGACCACCACAACAUUUGGAGAAUAUGAAACUCAUCAGAAUAAUGCCGCCAGCCUUACGUCUUUUCAACAUUCCACAGAAGUACUACAAGAAGCGGAUAAGACUAAUGAUGAAGGUAAUAAGAAUUUAAGUUUGCGUGAUUUCAUUGCCAAUUGGAAUGAUGAUGAAGAUGAAUACCAAAAUGCGGAGGAACUUAACUUUGACCAAAGCAAUGUCAUUGAUGAAGUUUUGCAAACGGCUCCUGUGGAACAGGAAGCGCCAGCAGCAGCAGCAACAGCUGUUAUACAAAAAUCCGAAAUAAUUAAAACUUCAAACGAUGAAUCCAUUAAUAAGGCAGAAUCGAAAGUAUCACACAAAUCACAGGAAAAUCUCGACAACUCAACAUUAAAUGAGUCAUAUGUUAACUUGCCUGAUAUUGUUAUAGAUAUUGAAAAAUCGAAUAAUGUUAAUAACUCUAUAACCACACCCUCGACCAGUCCUCUAGCUACCACACCAACGAAUGAAAAUAACACUUCCCUAAAUCUCAAUAAUUUCGAUGUAGAAAAAGAACUGGAUGAACUUAAACUCAAAAAACCCACACAGCAAUUGGAAACAACCAAAGAUUUAAAUGAUAUUAAAGCUGCAAAUACCACCAGUACACCUCAGUUAAGUCCCUGCAAAAAUCUAACCACUCAACUAAGUUUUGAAGAUUUAAAUUUGGAACCUACAAACAAAAACGUCCUUAAUGGCGAACAAAGUUCGGAGUUAACAGAAAACUAUUUCAAAGACAUGGAAGGCUAUGAAAGUGGCAGCAGUCAUCAUUCCAAUGAAUCGGCUUUUGAAAAAGAAUACGAAACCUUUAUCAAUAAAAUCACCAGCGAACCGAGUACAACUAAAAGUUUAGAAGAGAAAUCAGCAGAAAUGGAUUUUGAACAAAAUGUACAAGAUUUUUCAAAGUUCUAUAAACGUAAACGCAAACUAAAAGAAGAUGAACUUAAGGCCAACGAACCAGAGGCACAAAAUCAAAAGAAACUAAAACCCAAUAAGGCCACCAAAGUCAACAACAAUUCAAAUUUUCCCCAGGUCUAUACGAAAAAGUCAAGAAAUAGAUUGCCAAAAGGCAAAAUACAAACUUUACAUAAACGUAAACCUUUGUCAUUAUAUUACAAGAUCAUACAUUCCAUAAGACGUUUCGGUUUAUAUCGUCUGCGAAGAGUACGAGAAUAUAUGGCAGAGUUAAAAGAGAAACAUUUGCCUCUCAUUAAAAGACAAUCCAUUAAGAAUUAUACACAUGAUAAACCCGAGAAUUUAACUAAUCCCAAAACUUUAAAAGCUUUAUGUAUAAUGGCGAUUAAUAGUGAAGAAUUUCGUCAGAUGUUAAUGUUAACGUUAGCGGUGGAAGGAGAGUGUGCCUUAGAAGCCGAGGAGAAACAUAUAUGCACUGAUCCUACGUGUGAAACCUGUGAGGUAAUAAAAAGUUUAAUGGAAGCCGAAAGUUUUGAGGACACCUUAAGCCAACAAGUUGCGGAAAAUCCCACUGAAAGCGUUCUCAUUUUAAGUGAUGAAGUUAAAAGUGAAACCCUUGAAAUCUUAGAAAAUUUCGUUUACUUAAAAGAUGAACCUAAAUUGAUCUCAAAUGUUCAAUAUUCCAAAGAAAAUCCCACAGUAUUGGAUGCCAAAGUUCUGGAGCAGUGCAACUUAAAUCCGGCAAAUAUUAAAUCUUUGUUAUAUGAUAACUCUUAUUUUGAAACUCAAUCGGAUUCGCAGUAUCAAAGUAAUAUCGAAAAAUCUGUUACAGAAUUUGAUUUGAAAAACUGGUAUGAAAAAUCAAAAUCACCACAACAAGACCUAGCGGCCAAAGAAGAUUCUGAUAUAGGUGUCCCCGAAACUGCAAUAACUAAACCGGAUCAACCUAUUCCCUUAAACCCUGAAAUUGAAAAAGAAAAUUCUGAAAUUCCGCUGGAACAUGGAACUGAAACUGCAGCAAAUUCUAUUAAGGAAAUUAGCUUAACUGAACAAGACAACUUAAACCUUGCAAGAGUUGAAAGUGAACUAGACGAUGUUAAACAAAAGGAAUCAGAAGAAUCCCUUCUCGUUUCUCCAACUACAUUAUGUGAAGAUGAAAAUUCAAAUAUUUCCAAUGCUACAACAACCAAGAAAACUUCAACCGAAGUUAAAGAGAUCUCAAAAUCGAAUACCAAUGAAGAGAGUGAUAGUGAGGAGUCUGAUUCCAGUGAAUCUGAUUCCGACAGCAGUUCAUCUAGUUCGGAUGAUGAAUCGGUGGAGGAGAGUAAAGAGUCAUGCAAGAAAUCUGAUACUAAUGACACUGAUACAGAUUCAGAAAGUGAUUUAGAAAAUGAUGAUGAUGAAAAUCUAAAUUCCAAUAGUGAUGAAUCAAAUCAUUCGAAAACUAUCGAUCAAGAGAAAGCUAAAUCAGAUAACAAGGAAGUUCUGAAGCCUGCAGAUUCAUUCAAGAAGGACAAUGUGAAUUCAGAAAGUGAAAAUCAAAAUUCCGAUACUGAUGAAUCAAAUCAUUCGAAAACUUUCGAUCGAGAGAAAAACAAAUCAGACAGCAAUGAAGUCCACAAAACUACCGAUUCAUACAACAAGGAAAAUUUUAUAAAAGAAUCGGAAAAUGUCCAUACAACUAAUACAAAAUCACCUAUCAAGACCGUUAGUGAUGUAGAAGAUGAAAUCACUCCAAAAAGACAACAACGUAUUGUUUUACGUAUUAAGAAAUCAUUCCAACCGAGUCCAGAUAACAACGAUUCUAGAGAAAUAUAUGUUUCUGAGAAAUCCAUAGAAUUUGAUAGUCAAACAGAAAGUGAAACUGAAGACGAUGAUAUAGUUUCAACGACUUCAAAAUCUAGUCUAAAGACAAAAGCUUCUUUCAUAGAUCAGGCCUCUAAUAAGUCUCUAUCUCCGAAUACUGAAUUUGAAAAUCAUACAGAAAGUGAAUCUGAAGAUGACAAUCUUUCGGAAAAUGAAUUCCAUCAGACUUCAGAAUUAAGUCCAAAACAAGAUAUAGCAAGAGAAAAAUCUGUGGAAUCUGAAAAAGAAUUGGGAAAUCGGACAGAAAGUGAAUCUGAUGAUGAUGAUGAUGUUUCAGAGAAAGAAACUGAAACUCCUUUCACAAGUCCAAAGCAAAAUGAGUUUGUAGAGCAUCGUGCUCAAAGUGAAUCUGAAGAUGAUGAAAUACCGGAGAAAAAAUCAAAACUUAUGGCAAAAUUUCCAACUCAAGAAGAUUACAAGAAAUCUAAUGCUUCUGAAGACUUAAAAGAUCCCAUGGAAAAUGUUCCUAAAGACGAUAACAUUCCAAACAGAACGUCCGUUAUAAUUUCAACGUCUCUUAUAUUAAGUCCACAGCAAGAUCAUCAUAAUACUGAAGACGUCACAAAACUUUAUGCCGAAAAUCAAAUAGAAAAAGAGGCCGAGGAAGGUGAUAAGAAAACAGAAAUAAGUUCCACGCAAGACGAUUUAAUAAACGAUAAUCUUUAUCCAAAAUCUUCGAAGCCGUGUUAUGAACCAGUUAGUCUUGGUUUAGAAAAUGAGAUCGCAGAUUUAAUUCCAUUAUCUCAAAAUCAUUUAAAUGAAGAGAAGUCUGAAGAUUUAUUAAAAGAAACUUCAAAAUUCAGUCCAGAGGUGGAGGGUUCAGAAGAUAUAGUUGCUAAUGAAAAAUCUACAGAAUAUCGUACUAAAAAUUUGACUAAAGGUGAUAAUAUCACGCAAAAUAUAUCUAGAUUGAAUGAAACCCCCGUUGAAAUUAAUCAAAAACUAGAUGAAGUUGAAACGGAAACUUUUUCCAAAGAAGAAUCUUCACUGCAUGCUAAAGCCGAUAUUCCCACAGAAAGUCAAUCUGAAGAUGAUACAGACGAGGAGGAGGACGAUUUAGAUGAACCAAUCCAAAAGCCUCAACUUAAAGAUGUUGAUCAUGGAAUGGUUCCAUCAGACUCAGAAAGUAGUUCUGAUUCUGAGUAUGAAUCUGAUGAAGAGGAUAAUCGCAAAGAUUCAAUGCCAAUUAUGAUAUCUGAUGAUGAAUCUAUGGAUAGUACAGAUGAUAAGGAUAACCAUCACAAACCCACCAAAUGUAUAAGAAAAAUUUCAGAAGAUUCUCUUCAACGAAGUGAUUCGACGGGGUCAUUGCAAGAUUUUGAUGAAGAUUCUCAUGAUUUUAUUAGCGAAAUUCACUCCAAUUUAUCAAGCAAUAUAGUAAAUUCCCCUAAGAUGUCGAAAUCGGACAGCAAAGAUGAAAUAUUGCCUGCUACACAAACUCUUAUUACUUCUGAAAAUAUCAUUCAGAUUGCUAAAAUUUUAGAAGAAAAAGAAGUUUCAAAUAAUGCAAUGGAAAGUGACGAACAACUUGAUUCAGAUAUAAAACUUUCUAAAGAAAAUCUGCCGUUAAAAUCAGUUGAAGAAACUUUAGAAGAAAAACAAGAUUCGGAAACCAUUCAAAGUGAUGAAAAACUUGCUACAGAUAUCAACCAUCCUAAAGAACAUAUGCCAAUGGAAUCAGUUCAUACUGAAACUUUGGAGGAGAAGGAUGAAUCCAAUAAUUCAUAUCGACUUCCUGAAGAAUUCUCUUCAAAUAUAAAUAAUCCAAAAGAUGUUUUACCAUUGGAUUCAGUUAAAGUCAAGGAAAUCCAAAAUAUUGAAAGUGAAAUCGCUAGCGAAAAAAGUAUAUCGGAAUAUUCUAGUACUUCAGAAGACUCAGAUGAGGAAAUCGAUGAUGAAUUAUCAACUAAAGAAGAUAAUAAAACAGAAGAAGUCUCAGAAAUGACCUUAGACAAUGAAGACCGAAAAUCAGACGAAGAAGUCGAAGAUACAUUAGCUAUCAAAGAAGACAAACAAACAAAAGAAGACCUUAAAAUGUCUGUAGAUACUGAAGGGCAAAUAUCUAUAAGCUCGGAGAGAAAUUCAAAUGAUUUCGAAUGUAAUGAAAAUAUGGCCGUUGUUUCAGAGUGUUUAGAAACUAAUGCAUCACAAGAUAAUGCUGAAAACGAAGUAUUAUCUAAAUCGGAAGCUCUAAGUAAAGAAUCAAAUACUUUUGAACAGAAUAGCAAAAUUUCGGAUGUUAUUUCCACCCAAACUGAUCCAGAAGAAAUGGUAAAGGCAUUAAACGAGAAUAUUCCUGUGGGAAUAUGCGAAAAUUUAGAAAUUUUGGCCGAUGUUGUUGUAAAUCAUAUUAGUGCUGAGAAUACAGUUGAAUCGAAAAUGAUUGAUUCAGAAUGUGAUCCUAAGCCAGCAGAAAAUUAUGAAUCAAAUAUCCAAAAAGAUGCCGAUAAUUUAACACCAGAAAUAAAUGAUUCUAUCCAUCGACUUGAAGCUAAAGAAUCUGAAAUUUAUAACAAAUCUAAAAUUGAGGAACCAACUGAAGUUAUAGCUUAUUCCGAUAAAAGGUCUAAAGACCUCAAUGUGGAAAAAGCACAUAGUAAAACAUCGGAUACUUUAGACUCAACUUGCAGUGAAGAACAAUCUAUAUCAGAAAUAAAUGUUUCUAUGCAUCAACUUGAAGCUAAAGAAUCUGAAAUUAAUUCCAAAUCUAUAAUUGAGGAACCAACUGAAGUUACUGCUUAUUCCAAAACUAGUUGCGACGAACCCAAUUUGGAAAUGAUGCUUAGAGAAACAUCGGAUACUUGCAGUGAAGAACAGUCCACCGCGGAAAUCAUAACCGAUGAAGAAAACAUAUCCGGAACAAAGACUGUAGAAUUCGAAGAAUAUGAAAGCAAUACUAUUGUGGAGAAGACAAAGCCUCUAUCGGAAAGUUCUAUAGAAAAUGCUGACUCUUCAGUAGUUAAUAGCAAUGAGCAUUCUAAAUAUUUAAAAGAAGCCUGCAGUCUAGAUAAUUCAAAUACUGAAAUCGAAACUGAAAACCCGGAAACAAUUGAAGAAUUAGUAACUGUAGAGCCCGAGUGUUUGGAAAAGGUCAAUAGUGAAGAAAUAUUAGAUGAGGAAUCAGAAAUUACAUCGGAUCCAUUAACUAAAGAACCAAAUAACAUUCCAUACCCAGAAUUGAUUAAAGAAAAUACUGAAAUUAUCUCAGAACCCGAAACAAACCAAAUAUCAGAAGAAUCAAAUGAUAUUCAUUCACCUGAAGUGAUCCAAGAAAAGGCGGAAAUUAUUUCAGAGAUGAAAACGAAAGUAUCAGAGAUUGUUUCAAAACAAAUACCUAAUGUUUGCGAUAUUUUGGAAAAUUCAAAUAACCAACUAAAUGAAAAUUCCGGGAAUACAUGUGAACUUAGAAAAGCAUUAAACGAAGAGACGAUAAUUGAAACUCAUACUCUUGCCAAAUCUGUUGAUGAGGACUUUACGGAGUCCCUGGAACAAAUAUGUGAUGAAAACGCUAAAACUUUUUCAGAAGAAGAAUCUAAUAAACAAACUUCGGAAGUUAUAGAAGAAAAAUAUGAAGAAACUAAUAAAUUCCCCAACACCUGGGAUGACACAGAUAUUUUCAAAGAAGUCAACCAAGAAUGUUUAGAAUCGAUUGCAGAAACAUUUGAUAAAAUAGAUUCAAAUGAUAGUGAUAUUACCAUCAAAGAACCAGAGAUGGAUCUGGUAACAGAGGGAACAGAAAUUCCAAAAGAAAAUGAAACUACAUUGGAAGCAUUAAACAAGUCAAUGGAAAACUUGGAAGAAGCAACAGCUCCGGUAAGAGAGACGUCAAAAAUUCCCGAAGAAAAUGUAAUCCCAUCGGAAGCAAUAUCCCAACGAAUUGAAAAUUUGGAAGAGCAAACUGCAAAUUUAGAAGAACAUGAAAGUGAAAAUACCGAAAUUGAUACAACAUCUGAAUGUUAUGAGUCCACUACUGAUACUUUUCAAUCGAAAUCCGAAGAUGUAGUUCUAAAACCAAAUAGACUGAUUGAAGAUAAAAACCCAACUUCCGAGCGUAAUGAAGAGUCUGGUUCUGUUAGUCCAAGUCUCACGAAACCUGAAUCUUUCAUUGAAAAUGCUAAUAACUUGAUUAAAACUUCUAAUGAAGAACGUGAUCCUAUUCAGCAACAUCAAGCUACUUCCGAUGAUGUAAUUGAAAAACAAAACAUCUCCAAUGAAAAGGAAUGUAAUGAAGAAGAAUCUAUGGCGCUGCAAGAAGAUCUAGCAAAGUCUGAAGUUGUACUUGAGCAAUUAGUUAGUUUUGUAAAAGAUAAAAUGGAAACUUCUGAAGUUGAUGCUGAAGAAUCAGAAGUUCGUCAGAAACUUGAAUCGCCAGUUGCAAACGCAAGUAGUUUGGUUGAAGACAAGAAUGAAAACAUACAAACGAAUGAAGAAGAAACCGAAGUUAUUUCUCAAGUUGAAGACGAAUUGAUAGUAUUAAAUGGAAAGACAGAUGAAGAACUUACAGUUGAACAUCAAAUGGAAAGUUUCCAUGAAAAUAUAGUAGACAACAACAUCACCCAAGAAAUCAAUAAAAUUCCAGAAAGUUUUGAUCAGGAAACUGGUUCCAACCAAACAACUCUACCUAAAGUCGAUGAGUUGUCAACCAAAAACCAUCAAACAGACGAAGAUUCAACAGUUGAACACCAAACCGAAACUUCAGAAAGCAUUCCUAACCAAAUAACUCUACCUAAAGCAGAUGAAGGUCCAACGGUUGUACAACAAACCGAAACUUCAGAUCCUAUUCCUAACGAUAGUUUAAGUGAAACUGUAUUAAAUAAGGACAACCAAGAAGAUUUAUCUCAAGACUUUUUAAGUUUCAAAAAUCAAUCCAGUUUUGAAGAUGAAUCUGAGGAUUUUCAUGGUUUCGAAGAUCUCGAAGAAGUCACAAGAAUACGACAAGAAAUAGAAAAUCUAAAUGAUGAUUCAACAGCCAAUGAUGGAUUUCUAAAUUACGGUGCAUUAAGUAGAGAGCAGCAUAAAACAUCAACUACUUCAUUAACGGGAAGCACUUCGUCGGAAAUCAAUGAAUUGGAGGCUUUAGAGAAAGAACUAUCACAACAUCAGCCAGAGAUAGUGGGAGACGACGAAGAAGAGGAUAAACAGACUGAACAAGAUGUGCAAACAGCAACUGUUAAAGUUGUAUCAACAAACGAUAUAGAACAUAUCAAACAAAUGCUAGAGAGCGAUGAGGAGCAACCGGAACAGGAAGAAAAUGGAAACACUGAAGGCGAUAAGGAGGGAGAGCAAACAACGAGGGCAGAUACAAGUAAAGAUAAGUCAAAAUAUAUUUUAAGUUCUGUAAAUUCUAUAAUACCAAAGUUAAGUGACCUUUGUAGGGCUGCCUUAAAUAGUUCCUUGAAUUCUAAUAGUAAUUUAGCACAAGACACAACUGAAACUUCCACCAUCCUAGUGGAACGUGAAUUAAGUGUAGAAGAAGCUUUAGCUGAAAUGUAUCGCCAGGCGGGUGUAUUAUUAUCCGAUCCCGAGGAUUGUGAUAAUGAUAUUUCUCCAUCCGGCGAUGAGGAAGCUCAUGAUGUCUUAUUGAUUAACUUACAAGAAAUUUUAAAUAGUGAUAAUAAUGAUGUUUAUGUUUUACAAUGUGAUAUGAAUGAAAAUGUUUUGAAUGUCGUACAGCAAACCAAUGACGAACGAAAUGAACAAGAACCACAUGUUAGCCAUGAGGUGAACUUGAAUGCGGAAAGAGUAAAUAGAGUACAAUUUAUUGGUAUUUUAGAUACCCAAAGUGCAGAACCACAAAUACACAUAAUUAGUUCCGAUUCCGAAAGUGAGGUUAUUAUAUUAAGCGAUGAUGAAUCCGAUAACGGUUAUAGACCAUUUAUUGCCCGCCCAGAACGUAUAACAAUACCUUUUAUCAAUGAUGGUAAUGAUGAUAUCAAUGAUACGGACAAUUUAUCCGAUAUAUCAACUAUACAUCAUGAGGAAAUAGUACCUGAUAAUUUAAAUAAAUUCUUACAAGAAGAAUUCUAUAAAUAUUUACACGAGAAAUAUGUACAAAGAAAUAUAUCAAAAUAUUAUCAUGCCAAUCGGGUGUUGAAAAAAUAUCGAAAAAGAUACAUUAAGUCAAAGAGGCAGUAAAGCUAGAACUGUGGAAGAGUAAAAGGGCAGGUAUAAUGUAUGGAACAGACAUGGAAAAAUUAGGGCUGUUGGAAUUUUCUUAAGUAUUUUCAGAACAUAGAACUAUAGACUAGACUGUAGAAUAGACUAUAUACUAAACUAUAGACUAAACUAUAGACUAAACUAUAGAAUAGACUAUAGACUAGACUAUA